CCUGACACACUCACACACACAUUCCUGUCAAGUCAUCUUGUGAAAGGCUGCCAGCUUCCAACUUGGCUUGAAUGUACAACCUUAAUAAAACACGCUGAGGUCUCCGACAAAAUAGCAGUUCAGCGGCAGCUAGAGUAGAAGAAAGACUCGGGGAGGCUAUGCCUGGGCAGCUGAGUCCAGGAGACUGCAUGCUGAAGUAUAACAGAGAGGAAACGAUAAAUCUCUGCUACUAUGCAAUAAAUUGCUCCUGCUUUAGCUAAGGAAGCAUUGAGAUUUAGAUAUAAUCUUUUUUCUUUUUUUAAAGGAAAGCUCACUAUUAUUUUCUGAACCUUCUUCCCUUUUUCCUUAUCUUUUUUAUCCCCUAAAGAAAUCCUUAAAGGCAAAGCAAACAUUAAACAGAGGGAGGGGGAGGGAAAGGAAGGCAAAGGAGAGAAGAGGAGGUUUGGAUCAAGGUGUCAAGAGCAGGACAGAAGAGGGCUAGUAACAUGAUCAUUUUUGUUUGGUUUGUGUUCCUUGCUUCUCUUCUGAAGCACAUCAACUGCACUAGUCCACGCCGGGCUCCGGAGUCCAAUGGACGAAGGUAUAAUCGGAUUCAGCAUGGCCAGUGCACCUACACAUUCAUACUUCCUGAACAGGAUGGAAACUGUCGUGAAAGCUCUUCUGACCAAUACAACACCAAUGCGCUGCAAAGGGAUGCCCCUCACAUGGAGACAGAUUUCCCCUCCCAGAAACUGCAGCGGCUGGAGCAUGUCAUGGAAAAUUACACUCAGUGGCUACAAAAGCUUGAGAACUACAUUGUGGAAAACAUGAAAUCAGAAAUGGCCCAGCUGCAGCAAAACGCUGUCCAAAAUCACACAGCCACCAUGCUGGAAAUAGGAACCAGCCUUCUCAGCCAGACAGCAGAACAGACAAGAAAACUCACAGAUGUUGAAACACAAGUUCUUAAUCAAACAUCCCGGCUUGAAAUCCAACUGCUGGAAAAUUCCUUAUCUACUUACAAGCUGGAGAAACAAUUGCUCCAACAGACACAUGAAAUCUUGAAAAUCCACGAGAAAAACAGUCUAUUGGAACACAAGAUUCUUGAAAUGGAAGAAAGGCAUAAAGAGGAACUAGAUACGUUAAAAGAGGAAAAAGGGAACCUGCAAGUUUUGGUGUCUCGUCAAAGCUACAUUAUCCAAGAACUUGAGAGGCAACUAACUAAAGCAACAACCAAUAACAGCAUUAUGCAGAAGCAACAACUUGAACUCAUGGACACAGUCCAUAGCCUGGUCAGCAUUUGUUCUAAAGAUGGAGUUUUGCUAAAGAAUGCAAAAAAGGAAGAAGAGAAGCCAUUCAGAGACUGCGCAGAUGCAUACCAAGCUGGUUUUAAUAAAAGCGGUGUCUACACAAUUUAUGUUACUAACAUAUCAGAACCUAAAAAGGUUUUUUGCAAUAUGGAGACUGCAGGAGGAGGCUGGACAGUAAUACAGCACCGAGAAGAUGGGAGCCUAGAUUUCCAAAAAAGUUGGAAAGAGUACAAAAUGGGUUUUGGUAGUCCCUCUGGUGAAUAUUGGCUGGGAAAUGAAUUCAUCUUUGCAAUAACCACCAGUCAAAAACAUUACUCUCUAAGAAUCGAACUAAUGGAUUGGGAAGGAAGCCGAGCUUAUUCACAAUAUGAUAGAUUUUACAUAGGAAAUGAAAAACAGAAUUACAGGCUGUAUCUCAAGGGUCAUUCUGGAACAGCAGGAAAACAAAGCAGCCUGAUAUUACAUGGUGCUGACUUUAGUACCAAAGAUGCUGACAAUGACAAUUGUAUGUGCAAAUGUGCUCUUAUGCUAACAGGAGGUUGGUGGUUUGAUGCCUGUGGUCCUUCCAAUCUCAAUGGGAUGUUUUAUUCAGCUGGACAACACCAUGGAAAAAUAAAUGGGAUCAAAUGGCAUUACUUCAAAGGUCCAAGUUAUUCAUUACGUUCCACAACUAUGAUGAUCCGUCCCUUGGACUUUUAAAGAGGCAAUAAGAUAGUGGGCAUCUGAAGGACACCUUAUGUCAUCUUUAGGAGCAGAAGGUGGAAACUCCCUGAAAAUACUGAAUUCCAACAUCUUAGCUGUCUUCAGAUCUUAUUUCACUGGCUGCAGUAAACAAACACAAGUUGCUGUCCAACCCGGGGACAGGUUAAACUGUGGAUUAUGAAUAAUAUAAAAUAGCUUUUGUGGCUAUUCAGUGGACAACUUUAAGGUUCGGUUGCCACAAAUAAACUGGUAUCUUUUAACCAAAGCCUCUUUUUGUUUUGCUUUGAUCAAGAGGUUUUUUUUUUUUUAAAUAUAGGACAUGCAAACCAAGUGCCCUUUUGGAAAACAGAAAUAGAAUCUAAUGGAUGGCAGAAGAUGUUUGUCUGUCAGGAAAAUGGUAUCGACUCAAUGCACAACUGCUAUUUAUUUGUAGCCCCUUAAAAUGCAACUAUGGCCUUACAACCUGGCAUCAGAAAAUGUGAUUGAGAUGGAAAACUUAUCUUUAAUACCAGAACAAUAUGGUAUAUAUGAGUUAUUUCUCAUUAAACCUAUUUCAGAUAUUCAGAUGGAAUAUCCUUCAAAGAAACAACGAAUCGAGUUGGACAGAAAAAUAAGAGCAAUAUGGCGAGAAUGGUCAAUUGACUUGCAUGGCUAAGCUAGGAUUUGGCAAUUCAGAUAAUUGGAUUCUUCUAAAUAAUUCAACUAUGUUUGACAGCAUGGAAAAGGAAUUAUGGAUUUUUCUUUCUGACUGCUACAGCUUUACUUUGCUUUAUAUGACAUUUCAGUAUGAAUGUCGACCGAAAAACAAAGAAAAAGAAAAAGCACAGCUCUUUUUUAAAAAUGCAAGCUCAAAGUUAUUUGUACAUAGAUUUAUGACAUGGAUACACAAAUACAGAAAAUAUGCAAAUAUCAUAACCAUGUAUUAACUGGAUUUACUUUAUCAGUCUUGCUGGUUUGCAUGUAAAUGUUACUAGUAAAUUGCUAAGACUUUCACAUCUGUUAUUCAACCUUCAUUUGACAGAGUUCAGCAGAAAACUAUGAGUUAUUUCCUAUCCUUUAUUUACACCUUUGGACAGCGGGUUGGAAAUUAAGAAAUACAAGAGAAGAAAGAGAUCACAGAUAUGGAUUGCAAAUGCCGUGAAUGGAAAGCAAUUAUAAUUGAGUGGAUUAAUUUAAAUGGGAAAACAAAAUAUUAUUUAAAAUGAGUAGGACUAACAUGUAGUUCCCUAGAUCAUUAUCUAGAUGGUACACAUAAUCCUGAAUUCAGAGAUUUCUAAAAUUGUGGGUUAUUGUGUUUUCUACUUGUUUCCAAUACAUCUAUAUCCAAUGUAUAUAGAUUCUAUAUACUCUAACACUCUAAUGAGUGUUGAAACCUAGUUCAGAUAUUUUGCCAAGGUGACAAGGUCUUUCAUUGAUAUUUCAUCUAACAUUAGACACAACACCAUAUUAGAGGAACAUUGGCAGUUGAAUCAAACCAUUGACUCAUCCUAUUUUUAUGGUUUCAGAAAAGCAUUUUGCAGCUAGGGUCCAUCAUUUCUAUGUAUGCUGAUCAUUUACAUAUAAACAUGAUAUUACUUAUUUUUAUCUGUAUCCCAUUUUUCCCUUGGGAAGAUUAUAUUAAUUUGUUGAUUCAGCAAUAUAUACAUAUGUGCCUUUAAAUAUUCCCUCAAGAUAAAGAGGCUUAUGAUAAGCAAAAUACAGGAUGAUAAUUUAGAACUUUUAUGCAUUUGGUCUUUUCACUGAAAUUAAAUGGGAAAUUUUGCACCCGGAAUUCUUAAGGGAAUACAGGGAAAUAGUGAACAUUCAUAUACAUACCACUUGGCCACUGUGUAAUAAAUAAGAGCAGAACUGUCAAAGUUCACCCAUGAGAAAUUAAAAAAAAAUCUGUGAAAAAGAAUUCUGAACCACCAAAGCAAAGGAGAACUGGUUUAAAAAAAUACAGGAGUUUAUUUAUUAAUUAUGCAGAUAAUUAAUUCAUGCAGAUUCAUGUGAAAUGGAGAGACACUAUGGUUCAGUGGCAGACUAUAUUGACACGUUCUAAAUGUUGUCCUUGUAUCUCAAGAGCCGUGGUGGCGCAGUGGUUUGAGUGCAGUAUUGCAGGCUAAUUCUGCCCACUGUCAGCAGUUCAGUCCUGACUGGUUAAAGGUUGACUCAGACUUCCAUCCUUCCAAGAUCUGUAAAAUGAAGACCCAGAUUGUUGGCAGCAAUAUGCUGACUCUGUAAACCACUUAGAGAGGUCUGUAAAGCUCUAUAAAGUGGUAUAUAAAUCUAAGUGCAAUUGCUAUUGCUAUAUCCAAAAAUUUAUAAAACAAUUUAAAUGAUACAAGUGCCUACCUGAGCUACCCUAUUAUCACAGUUAAUAAUCCUGGACUAGAUACAGAAACUGUAUGAUCUGAUAAUUCAUCUUUUUAUGCUCCUAUCUUUCUGAGAUAUAGAAUGAGCUUCUCAUUUUUCUCAAGCCAGUAAUUAUUCUCUUUCUGUUAUUAUGUACAUGACUGAUGGCUCUGAAAUUAAAACAUCAUUGGGUUUAACCAAUGCCUGAGCUUUUUUUAAUUAUUUUUAAUUAAUAAUUUCUGUUGUAUCUAAUACAAUGGUCUCAGCUUCCUCUUAAUCCAGGGAAAUAAUAUUUCUUCCAUGUAUGGGAACAAAACAAGCAUUCGUUUUAAAAACAAAACAUGAAAAAACAAGGAUGUACCACGGUGUUCUUUGUAAUUGUGACAGUUUUCAAGUUAAGUUGUGUAUUUAUGUAUUUGUUUGUAUUUACAGUACAUAUUCCUGCCUAAGGGGUUAAUUUGAUGUUUUCUUCUGGUUAACUUUCCUAACUGUUCUUUAUUCAGUGGUCCCUGCCAACUGUUGCUUUUUCUUUUAUUUCAGCUAUCUUCAUUUAUGUCCAAAGAUUGUGGUGCUUCUUGUGAGUGGCAUUUUUCACCAAAUCCAGACUGCUACUGUGCGGACUCCAUGGCAAAGGGGGAGGAUUUUUUAAAAAAUCAAAGCUACUAGCAUAUUUACUGUUUAUUUAUCUCUGUUUGAAGAAAUGGGGGACAUGAUUUCUUAUCCUUUAUAAUAAAAUGUUUAAAACACGC